ACUGACUCAAUGAGUUAUCGCGUUAAUGGCCUUACAAGUAUACCCCUUAGCGCUUUUCGCAAACCUCACUUUCGCCGCUACUUCAGGUUUUGGAAGCAUUUGGAAAUGGAAGAAAGUGUCGCCAACAAAGAUCCAGAAUUGAUUGUGGGUGACCCAGAUUCGCUAGCCAAUAAAAUUUCCGCAAUUCGUUCGGCUGGUCCUCAAAAACUUCAGGUGAUUGCUGAUUUUGAUGCCACAUUAACAAAGUUCUGGGCUAAUGGAACUCGAGGGCAGAGCAGUCAUGGCCUUGUGCAACAGGGUAAUCCAGAAUACGAUGCCAAAAGACAGCAGUUAUAUGAUUAUUACCACCCGUUAGAAUUUUCACCAGAUAUUGGACUUGAAGAGAAAACGAAGCUCAUGGAAGAAUGGUGGAGUAAAACUCAUGCUCUUUUAAUUGAGGGAGGACUCACAAAUGAGUCAAUCAAACAGUCUGUUGCUAAUGGCAACAUUGCUUUCAGGGAGGGUGUUUUCGAACUAUUUGAGUUUUUGGAGGAAAAAGGCAUUCCUGUGUUAAUAUUCUCUGCAGGACUUGGCGAUAUAAUAGAAGAGGUUCUAAGGCAAAAACUUCAUAGGACUUUCACAAAUGUGAGGAUAGUAUCUAACAGAAUGGUGUUUGAUGAGGAUGGCCACCUUGUAUCUUUUAAAGGAAAAUUGAUUCAUAGCCUAAACAAAAAUGAGCAUGCUCUUGAUAUGGGUGCCCCUGUUCAUAAUCAUUUGGGUGAUGAGGGUGAUCCUAAUGAAGACAAUGCCUCCAUCAAGUACAGAACCAAUGUUCUUCUUCUUGGUGACCACAUUGGAGACUUGAGAAUGUCUGAUGGUUUGAAUUACGAGACCCGAAUAUCUGUGGGGUUCUUGAAUCACAACAUUGAGAACUCACUUAACUGCUAUCGAGAAUCAUUUGAUGUUGUUCUUCUGAAUGAUGCACCAAUGACAGAAGUUGUCAAGUUGGUCUCUUCAAUGUGCCCAAAGGAGUAGUAGGCAUUGCUACAGCUAUUUACUAUGUAGUCUUGCUGCCAUCAUAUUCUUUUUGUUUCAUCCUUCGUACGGUAGAUAUUACUUGGUGGAAGGUUUAGUGAUUUCAUGUUUGCUCUAGGAUUAUCUAGCAGAGCAAUCAUACAUGGAAGAAUUUUUAUUAGUUGUAAUGUAGGAGCAGUUGGUUGUGUUUGCUACAAGCGUUAACAAACAGAAAUAUGACGCGUCAAAAUCCUUCUUUAUGGAAGCAAUCUUGACAGUGAGUUGUAAAAAGUGUACGCAUAUUAUAAUUUUGUUGGACAGCAUGAUACAAAUCUCAAAAAGAAUUUUUCUUCA